AUGAAUAUUGAAUUAGUUCCAGAACGACAAUAUCAAGCGUUCAAUAGUGUCGCUGGUCGUCAUCAUCAUCAUCAACCAAUAUGGCAAAACAUAAAAAAUUUAUUAAAAAGUUGUUUUGGUACUCAAUCUGAUAGUCGUUUAUUAAAUCGAGAUGGUUCACUUAUUGAUAUAAAUCGUUUACGACAAAAUAUUAAUGAUGAACAACAAUCAUAUAAAAAACGUCAUAUAACAUGGCCGUAUCUAUUAAAUAUUUAUUCACCAUCAAUGACAAAUUCGGAUAAAAAAAUUUAUCAAAAUCGAGCCAGAAUUCGUUAUAACAGAUUGAAACGAACAUGGCAAGAACGUGUGUCUCAAGGUGAUUCAUUUUAUGUAACAUUAGCUGAUACAAUAUUAAAAGAUGUUCGUCGUACUGAUCGACAUAUUAAAUUUUUUAAAAAAAAAAAACAAAUAUUAUUUAAUAUAAUGAUGACUUAUAGUGUUUAUCAUCCAAAUCCAGGUUAUAGUCAAGGUAUGACUGAUAUGUUAACUCCAAUUGUUUAUGUAUUUAUUGAUGAAUCAAUGAGUUAUUUUGCAUUUUGUUCAUUAAUGAAUCGUUAUAUGAGUUCACUUUUUGAUCAAGAUCAAAUUGAAAUAAAUCGUCGUAUUCGUUUAUUUAAUUUAAUACUACAUUCAAUUGAUAAUGAACUUUGGAAUAAAAUAAAUGUUAAUGAAGAAAAUUAUCUGUAUGUUUAUCGUUGGUUAUUACUUGAUUGUAAAAGAGAAUUUUAUCGAUUUAAUCAUGUUCUUCGUGUACUUGAACUUGUUUGGAUUAAUUCAAUAUCACCUUUUGUUAUUUCACAAUCCAUAACAAAUUAUCGAUCGCUUUUUACAAUAUUUAUUUGUAUAUCAAUUUUACAAGAAGAUCGUCAAAUAAUUUUCUCUUAUUCAAAUGAUGAAGAUUUACAUAAAUAUUUUUUUUCUUCAUCAUCAUCUUCAAGAUCUCAUCGUUCAACUAAACGAAUUUUACAACAAGCACAAAUAAAUUAUUCAAAUUAUAUAUUGUCACAAAAAUAA